UUUCGUUGUAUAUUUUGGAGUAUGAGCUAAAGCAAAAUUAAUUUUUUGCUAAUUUUAUUUAACAGAGUGCUCUAUAACGGGAUCAUGGAUACCUUCAUCAACGGAACGCGCCCUAUUUUGUAGUUUUUUUAAUUAACAUGUGUCAUGUGAUAGCGUACUGUCAAAACUGUAUAUAAAAAUUUAAUUUGAGUGGAAUUUGUAACACAAUAAUUGUAUUCAUUCCACUGCUACACAAGAAUUUCAUUUCAGUUGCAUUGUGUAAAGCGAACACUGCGCUCUUGUUUGUAAAUAUUUGUAAACUAUUUUGUAAAUAAUGAAUAACAGUGUGGCACCAGCUGAGGAAUGUGAUAAGGAACCUAAACCAAUGGAAAUUGCCGACAGGGAGCCUCUCAGUAAUGAAUUUGCUUGCCAAGAAGCUGCCGAAAAACUGGCGGCAGGACUACUGGCCCUGUACCAACCAAAGUUGCUGGAAACAAAGCAGAAACUACUCGAGUUGACCACAAAGCAGAGAGGCUUGAUCGAUGAAAUGCAGGAAGAGAAUAGAAAAUUGUCGGAGGCACAUUGUGCUGAAGCCAUACAAGAAAUGUUCAACAAAAUAAAGUUGUACCAAGCAAAGUUAGCUGGAAUCAAAAAAGAAAUGGCCUACAUCAGUGAUAAGUCCAGUAAAAUGAAGAAGCGGGCCCUGAAGCUGCAGCAGGCGAAGCAGAGGGAGGACCUGCAGAGGAAGCACCAGCGGGAGCGGCGGCUGCUGAGGGAGCAGGAGCUGAUCGCGAAGCCUUCCGCGUCGAGCACCAAGGACAGCUAGUCCCCGGCCCCCCCCCCCUCCCUCGCUCGAGCGAUCCCCUGCGUCGCUGUGUCCGGGUCCGUUGGGUCUGUGCGAACACUAGUUUCUUUUCAUACCAAGCAAAUAACAAAUUGAAUUUUUUUUUAAAUAUUCGCAAACUCGAAUCGAAUUGCGAAUGUUGUUCUCGGCGAAGCUGUAUCACACAUAUUUAAUAAAAUACAGGAUUGAAGAAGAAAAAAAAUAUAUAUAUAUACAGGAUUGAAGAAAGGAAGAAAAAAAAAUUCCUUAAAUAUUUGUAACGAUAGAGCGAUUAAAAGGUUAACCUUCGGGGCCCUACGUAUAGCAUAAUUCAAUAUAAUUAUAAAGAAUCCUGCAUAAUACCAUUCAUAUUGAGCAUUCAUAAAAGCAAAAACGGAGCACCUUCUUUUGAUUUUUUUUUUAAGUAACUAACAUACAACGUUAAAAAAGUAAUGUAUUUUCUUGAGCAAAUCAUAGGCUUCUCAUGUUUCAAUUUUGUAGCAAAUGCAAAGCUUUACAUUAGACCCGAAGCUUUGCAGCACAAUCAAAGUUUCAAAUAAAACUAAUAUCAUAUUUUCUGGCAAAGUCAAAUCAAAUAUUAAAAAGAGCUCAGAUUGAUUUGCUUACUCAAAAGUUUCGCACAGGCCUAGUGCUAGUUGGGAUAUGCAGAAUCAGAGUGACGGAACACACUAUCUCUGCUUAAGGAAGUAAUGGUGGUGUUUUCACAGUGAUACGUAGUUAGUUCCUAACGAUAAUAUGGUUUUAAUAACUGAACACUUUCAUUUUAACCUUCAUGUACAGAUCUAUAAAUAUUGUUAUAAUGAAAAUAAUUGUUAUAGAAUACAGUGAAACCUCAUUAUAAAUACCUCACUUCAAAAGAUUUCUUACUGUAGGGAAUGUAUUUUUAGAUCCUUACAAAGUUAGCAGUUCAGUAUAAAGUAGUUUUUAUAAGAUACAACUUUUUCAGGUAGGUACAUUUUAAUGACAUUUCACUGUAGUAUUAUAAAUUGCACUAUGUUAUGUUAUGUUAUAUCUUAAUGGUCAUUUGUAUAAAGAUGCCACUCAUUUUUUUUAAUUUGUAGUGUACUCUGUAUUGUAUAUAACUAUAUAAGGUUUUAUGUUUUAUAUCAAGCCUUUAGCACAGUGGUUUAUUUUAUGGUUUGUAUUGGCUGAAAUAACAUAUUCCAUAUAUGUAUUCAUUUUGUUCUAUAUGUCAAUUAUAUUUCUGGCCAAAAAAAAAAGAGGGGCCAAGUCAAUUAAGCUUGUGUGGCUUUCGAAGAAUAUUCUUCCAGAGUAAAUGCUUUAGUCGAGUCCAAAAAGUUUUAGAUCUUGAACAUAAAGUAUCUGGUAGUUGAACCAUUAGUAAAGUCCCUAUGCCAUGAUGGAAGUUUCCAUGGAAAGUCUUCAAUGACAGCUGGUAUGGAUGGUUCUGUGUAGGAAUUAGCAAAGCACUGGCCAUUUU